UUGUAAGCCCGCCAAACGAUCGAUAGUGAUAUUUAGCAAUUGGACCAUUUUGAGAGUAAAAUUCCCUCCAUUUUAGAUUUUCAAGUACUCGUUAGCCGCCAGUAACUUUGACAAGUUUUAUCUUGUUGUUCAAGGUGACCCUCGUUUCAGCACUCAAAGAAGCAAAUGAGAGAGAUUGUUCACAUUCAGGCAGGCCAGUGUGGUAACCAGAUAGGUUCAAAAUUUUGGGAAGUUAUUUCCAGAGAGCAUGGAAUCAGUCAAACAGGGUUAUACGAAGGUGACUCUCCCUCACAGCUUGAUAGAAUCAACGUUUAUUACAAUGAAGCAACAGGUGCACGUUAUGUGCCUCGAGCAGUUUUAAUUGACCUGGAACCGGGAACAAUAGACGCCGUGAAAGCCAGUCUCUAUGGAAAGCUUUUUCGUCCAGAUAACUUUGUAUAUGGUCAAAGUGGUGCUGGAAAUAACUGGGCAAAAGGACACUAUACAGAGGGUGCAGAGCUAAUUGACAACGUGUUGGACGUGGUGCGUAGAGAAGCAGAAGCUUGUGAUUGUCUUCAAGGCUUUCAAAUUACUCAUUCUCUUGGAGGGGGUACAGGAUCUGGCUUGGGAACUCUUUUGAUAUCAAAAAUUCGAGAAGAAUAUCCUGACAGAAUGAUGGGCACCUACUCGGUGGUUCCUUCUCCAAAGGUCUCUGAUACAGUAGUAGAGCCUUACAACUGCACUCUCUCCGUGCAUCAAUUGGUGGAAAAUGCUGAUGAAGUUUUCUGCAUUGAUAAUGAAGCACUCUAUGACAUUUGCCUUCGUACCUUAAAAAUUAGCAGCCCUAGCUAUAGUGACCUCAACCAGUUAGUGUCAGCGGUUAUGUCAGGAAUUACGUGUACUUUACGCUUCCCUGGACAGUUGAAUGCAGAUUUACGAAAGUUGGCCACUAACUUGAUUCCAUUUCCAAGGCUUCAUUUCUUUAUGAUUGGAUUUGCCCCCUUAAGUUCACCAGGAUCACAGCAAUAUCGAUCUGCCAGUGUUUCAGAACUUACUCAGCAAAUGUUUGACUCCCGUAAUAUGAUGGCAGCAUGUGAUCCUCGUCAUGGUCGUUAUUUAACUGCAGCUGCAUAUUUCCGUGGAAACAUGUCUACUCAAGAUAUAGAUGACCAAAUGUUCAAUAUUCAGAACAAGAAUUCUUCCUACUUUGUAGAAUGGAUUCCCAACAACAUUAAAAGCUCACUCUGUGAUAUUCCUCCCUCAGGGAUGAAAAAGUCUGCAACGUUCGUUGGAAAUUCCACAUCUAUACAAGAACUUUUUCAAAGAGUGGGUGAACAAUUUACUGCUAUGUUUCGUCGCAAGGCAUUUUUGCAUUGGUAUACUGGUGAAGGAAUGGAUGAAAUGGAAUUUACAGAGGCUGAAAGUAACAUGAAUGAUUUAGUAUCAGAAUACCAACAAUAUCAAGAAGCCACUGCUGAAGAUGACUUCGAUAUGGGCCUCGAAGAAGAGGAGGCCUUUUAAAAUAGCCUAUCAAAAACACGUUUGUUCUAUUAACAAUGGUUCAGCCUUUUAUCUUCUUUUGAAUACCAUUUAAGUGCUUGAAUAAAAGAAACCUGUUGGUAGUAAUCCAUUUGUGCUCUGUUUGCAGCCACAAUAUCUAUUCGUUAACUAGAUUGUGAAAGAGUUGUUGUACGGAGUUAACUGUAGUGCAAGUUGGUAACAAUAGACUACUUUUUUCAAAACACUGCUAUGAGGAAGCUUCUAUUUUUGUCUCACGCUUAAAGGUGCAGGUAAUCCUGGUUACUCAAACAUAUCUGACACGAGGAGUUUGGAGUGCAUGACGGAGAGUCAUGUUUACAAAUUGCCGAGUUGUCCCAAAAUCAAUU